AGCUGCUGUUGCAAGCUGCCGUUGCACGCUGCAAGCUGCUGCUGCAAGCUGCCGUUGCACGCUGCAAGCUGCUGCUGCAACCCGCUCGUCCGGAGUGGCAGCCUUCCCGUGGCUUUCCGAGGGAACCACAACACCACAUCAUGUGGUUGGAAAUCUUCUUGGCCACGGUGCUGGGCCUGGUCAUUUACCUGUUUGUGUCCAGGAAGAAGGAGGAAACCCUGCUCAUUGGAGAUGGGUGGUGGGGGGCAGGCAAGAAGCCCACCAUAGCUGAAGAUGAAAGCAUCCGCCCGUUCACCGUGGAAACCUCAGAAGAGGAGAUCAAGGAUUUACAUCGGAGGAUCGAUGAGACCCGCUUCACCCCACCCCUGGAGGACAGUAGCUUCCGCUGCGGGUUUAACUUGGAUUACCUCAAGAAGGUCACGGACUACUGGAGGAAUACAUUUGACUGGAAGAAACAAGUAGACAUUCUCAAUCAAUACCCCCAUUUCAAAACCAAAAUCGAGGGGAUCGACAUCCACUUUCUCCACGCGAAGCCCCCCAACGUGCCCCCAGGCCAGAGGACAAAACCUUUGCUGAUGCUGCACGGCUGGCCCGGUUCCUUCUAUGAGUUCUAUAAGAUCAUUCCCCUCCUGAUCGACCCCAAGAGUCACGGCUUGAGCGACGAGCACAUCUUUGAGGUCAUCUGUCCCUCCAUUCCUGGCUAUGGAUUCUCCGAGGCAUCUCACAAGCAAGGCUUCAACUCCAUGGCUGCCGCUCGGAUCUUCUACAAGCUGAUGCUCAGACUGGGCUUUCAGGAAUUUUACGUCCAGGGUGGCGACUGGGGAUCAUCAAUUGGCACUGUAAUGGCCCAGAUAGCACCCAAGCACGUGAAAGGUCUCCACUUAAAUAUGGCUUUCUUGACAACCAAUAUGUUCUUCCGGAUAACGUCUCUCAUGCUGGGCCGCUGGUUCCCUGGACUCGUUGGCUUUCAGGAGAGAGACAUCCAGCUACUCUAUCCAGUCAAGAGAAUUUGGUCUACAAUUUUUCAGGAAAGUGGCUACCUCCACAUCCAGGCCACAAAGCCCGACACUGUAGGCUGUGCGCUGAACAACUCCCCAGUAGGGUUGGCUGCCUACAUCCUGGAGAAGUUCUCCUCCUGGACAGAUCUGGAAUUCAGGAACCUAGAGGAUGGAGGGCUGGAGAAGAAGUAUUCGUUGGAUGACCUGCUGACCAACGUCAUGCUCUACUGGGUGUCGGGAACCAUCGUGUCCUCCCAGCGCUUCUACAGGGAGAACUUAAUGAAAGGGUUGGGCCACGAGAAGCAUGAGAAGAUACCAGUGUACGUCCCCACGGGCCUAGCAACCUUCCCCAAUGAAUUGCUCCACUGCCCACGCUCCUGGGCCCGGUUGAAGUACCAGAACAUCGUCUCCUACACUUACAUGCCCCGCGGUGGCCACUUUGCUGCCUUCGAGGAGCCCGCGUUGCUAGCCCAGGACAUCCGCCAGUUCAUCGGAAGAGUGGAGCAGCAGGAGUGAGGAUAGAGAAGGGACUGAGCAGCAGCGGCUGCUCCCGUUCCCCUUCCCCAAACGCACUUCCCGCCACCCUUUCUGGGGCCCGGGUUUGUUGACUGCUGUUCUUGGCUGGGGCUCGAGUGUGGCCUCUCCCCUCUUCCCCUGAGAUACAGGAGGGCAGGGAAGUUGAGCCGCUGCAGCUAAGGCUGCCUAAAGCCCUGGCCAAGCCCUCUUCCUUUGCCCACCCCGUGGCCUCAAGCUGUUUCCACUAUCCUAUCUCCCCGGCUCACUGUAAUUGCAGUAAUUUCUUCCAGGGUGCUUGCAGGGAGGAAGGAAUAGAGGGCAAAGGGAGGUGGGGAACUGAUGCUUGCUUUCCUUUCUGUAAAAGAUCAAUUGCAAUAAACGCUUUUGCUUUCUAAA